CUUCUCGCUCAGCAGCUUACAUUGAUCUCCGGGGCUCUUUUGUCUCCUCCUCCCCAGUGGAAGCCUCUCCCCCUCUGCCUCUCAGGCUCUUCCGCUUUUCUCCUCUGCUUCUAAUGAAAUCUCCCAGAGCUGCCGAGGCUCUGGUAGUUUUACAAAACUGUCCUUGCUCUUUCUGUAUUUGCCCAGUCAAGGGUAUCUUUGGCUGAGGUCCGGAAUGAUGCUGUUAGUCUUGGUGAUAUGAUUGCAUAGCAACACAGAGCAGCUCCGUGAAGGGAGGAGGAGGAGGAGGAGAAGGAGAAGAAGGGCAGGGAGGUGGGAGAGACAGAGGGAGAGUGUGCAUACAGCAGCUGUCGGCAUCCCUGUCUCAGGGACUUCUUUGCUGAUUCACAGAGGCAGCCCAGCCCUGGCCUGCCAGCUUCCAGCUGCCGCUUGCUUCUCAGACCUGACGGAAUCAGAAGGUGCUUAUGCUCAACAGUGGGUACACUGCCCAUGCUCACCCCCCAUGAGCCUUGGUUCUGAUACAACCUAUGGUCAUGCAGGGAUGCCCUUACACCCUCCCACGAUGUCAUGAGUGGCGGGCAGUUGACCAAUUCCAUCACAGAAGCAGCCUCAGAAGUUCUUGCCCCCAGCCUCAGGUUAGAGCUGCUACCACUGCCCCUGUGCCUCCUCAGGAUGGUGCUGGGGUUCCCUGCCUAAGCCCAAAGCUGUUUAACGGGUCUAUUGGUGCCUCUGGACCCCUGGAAUCAGCAGCCAUGAAUCUGUGUUGGAAUGAAAUAAAAAAGAAGUCUCACAACCUCCGUGCUCGCCUAGAGGCCUUCUCAGACCACAGUGGAAAGCUUCAGCUCCCUCUCCAAGAGAUUAUUGACUGGCUCAGCCAAAAGGAUGAAGAGUUGUCAGCUCAGCUGCCCCUCCAAGGGGAUGUGGCCCUGGUGCAACAGGAGAAGGAGACACAUGCGGCCUUUAUGGAAGAAGUCAAGGCUCGGGGUCCCUAUAUCUACUCUGUACUAGAGUCAGCUCAGGCCUUCCUGUCCCAGCACCCAUUUGAAGAAUUAGAGGAGCCUCGUUCUGAGAGUAAAGAUACCUCCCCCAGACAACGGAUUCAGAAUCUUAGCCGCUUUGUGUGGAAGCAGGCGACAGUGGCCAGUGAACUAUGGGAGAAGCUGACAGCGCGCUGUGUGGACCAGCACCGACACAUCGAGCUUACACUGGAGCAGCUGUUGGAGAUCCAAGGGGCAAUGGAAGAAUUAAGCACUACUCUGAUCCAGGCUGAGGGAGUCCGAGCUACAUGGGAGCCCAUUGGGGAUCUCUUCAUUGAUUCACUCCCGGAACACAUCCAGGCUAUUAAGCUAUUCAGAGAAGAAUUCUCCCCCAUGAAAGAUGGAGUGAAGCUGGUGAAUGAUCUUGCCCACCAACUUGCUAUUUCUGAUGUGCACUUGUCAAUGGAGAAUUCUCGGGCUCUGGAGCAGAUCAACGUCCGGUGGAAACAGCUACAGGUGUCAGUUAGCGAGAGGCUUAAGCAGCUCCAGGAUGCCCACCGGGACUUUGGGCCAGGAUCACAGCAUUUCCUCUCCUCCUCCGUCCAGGUUCCCUGGGAAAGAGCAAUUUCACCCAACAAAGUUCCCUACUACAUCAACCAUCAGGCCCAGACCACAUGCUGGGACCAUCCCAAGAUGACUGAGUUAUACCAAACCCUAGCUGAUCUGAACAACAUUAAGUUCUCUGCUUAUCGCACUGCCAUGAAGCUACGCAGAGUCCAGAAGGCACUGCGCUUGGACCUUGUAACUUUAACCACAGCCCUGGAUAUCUUCAAUGAGCAUGAUCUACAGGCCAGUGAGCAUGUGAUGGAUGUAGUGGAGGUCAUUCACUGCCUCACUGCCUUAUAUGAACGAUUGGAGGAGGAAAGAGGCAUCUUGGUCAAUGUGCCACUCUGUGUGGACAUGAGCCUCAACUGGCUCCUCAAUGUUUUUGAUAGUGGUCGCAGUGGAAAGAUGCGGGCAUUGUCCUUUAAGACUGGGAUUGCAUGCCUGUGUGGCACAGAAGUGAAGGAAAAACUUCAGUACCUCUUCAGCCAAGUGGCCAACUCAGGCAGCCAGUGCGAUCAACGCCACCUCGGUGUCCUGCUUCAUGAGGCCAUUCAGGUCCCCCGUCAGCUGGGCGAAGUAGCAGCCUUUGGGGGCAGCAAUGUGGAACCCAGUGUCCGUAGUUGCUUCCGUUUUAGCACUGGGAAGCCAGUUAUUGAAGCUUCCCAGUUCCUGGAGUGGGUCAACCUGGAGCCCCAGUCUAUGGUGUGGCUGGCUGUCCUACAUCGGGUCACCAUUGCUGAACAAGUGAAACAUCAGACCAAGUGUUCUAUCUGUAGGCAGUGCCCCAUCAAAGGCUUCAGGUACCGGAGUCUGAAACAAUUUAACGUGGACAUCUGCCAGACCUGCUUCUUGACAGGCAGGGCCAGCAAAGGCAACAAGCUACACUACCCCAUCAUGGAGUAUUACACCCCGACCACAUCCAGUGAGAACAUGAGGGACUUUGCCACAACCUUAAAGAACAAAUUCCGCUCAAAGCAUUAUUUCAGCAAACACCCUCAGCGAGGUUAUCUGCCAGUGCAAUCAGUGCUGGAGGCUGACUACAAUGAGACGCCGGUUUCUUCCCCGAUGUUACCACACGCUGACACACACUCCCGCAUUGAGCAUUUUGCCAGCAGGCUUGCUGAGAUGGAAAGUCAAAAUUGCUCCUUCUUUAAUGACAGCCUAUCCCCAGAUGACAGCAUAGACGAGGACCAGUACCUGCUGCGGCACUCCAGCCCCAUCACAGACCGGGAGCUAGCCUUUGGACAGCAGGCCCCAUGCAGCAUGGCCACAGAAAGCAAGGGGGAGCUAGAGAAGAUUCUGGCCCACUUAGAAGAUGAGAACCGGAUUCUCCAGGGAGAGCUGAGGCGCCUGAAGUGGCAGCAUGAGGAGGCUGCUGAGGCACCCACCCUGACCGAGGGCUCUGCUGACCACCGCAAUGAGGAGCUUCUGGCUGAGGCCAGGAUCCUUCGACAACACAAGAGCCGCCUGGAGACACGCAUGCAGAUCCUUGAAGACCACAACAAGCAACUGGAGUCCCAGCUGCAGCGCUUAAGGGAGCUGCUCCUGCAGCCACCCACUGAAUCAGAUGGCAAUGGCUCUGCAGGCUCGUCUCUAGCUUCUUCGCCACAGCAGUCAGAAGGCAGUCACCUCCAGGAGAAGGAACAGACUACUCCAGACACUGAGGCUGCAGAUGAUGUGGGGUCAAAAAGCCAAGAUGUCAGCCUGUGCUUGGAGGACAUCAUGGAGAAGCUCCGCCAUGCCUUUCCCAGUGUGCGAAGCUCUGAUGUGACUGCAAACACCCUACUGGCCUCUUGAUAGAACCAGAUCCCCCUCCUAUAGUCCUUAACCCUCUCCUGGUUCUGGUCAAAGCCUUCCCUCAGUCUUCACGCAACCUUUCCAGUUCCCAAUAGCCUCACGUUCCUCAACCAGAGUUAUAUGGGCUCUGGGCAGCGGCAGGGAUCUGGCGAUAUGUGA